AAUCGGAGGAUAGCAGCACUUCCUGCGAGCAGAAAAGGAUAGAAAACGAACGAAUUUCGGGUCGUGCGAUUUACUACACGAAACUACCGAUACAACGGCCGGUUCGUUGUUCGCACUGAGGUUCCUCUCAUCCUUUAUAAUCAGCUUCGAAUUCGAAAGUUUUUUUUUGUAAAAGCAAACGAAUCUGGAUUGUAGUACUAUGACAACUGAUACAAAACGCGCCGGUGAUAACAGUGAUAUGGAAUCUGUUGAAGAUGAAGAUGAUAAUGAGACUACAGAGAUUCCCCCCCUCUUGCUAGCUGCACUGCGAGGUCGUAUUUCUACAACAGGGAUAGAGCAAAUGCAGUCUCUCCCAGCACCUGUAAAGCGCAGAAUCAAAGCUCUAAAAAAGUUGCAACUUCUCACUACAAAUAUUGAAGCGAAAUUCUAUGAGGAGGUACAUGCUUUGGAAUGUGCUUAUCACAAAAUGUGCAUGCCUCUUUACGAAAUGAGGCAAGAUAUAAUAUCAGGUAUUUCCGAACCAACGGAUGAACAGUGUGAUUGGGAAAGUGGUGAUGAAGAGGAAGGAUUAAGUAAUGAUCUGAAAGCGAAAGCGAAUCUUGAAGAUGAUAAAGAACAGAAAAAAGAAGAAAGCGAAAAAGAAGACGUUAAAGGCAUCCCCGAGUUCUGGUUGACAAUAUUUAAAAAUGUUGGACCAUUAGCUGAUAUGGUUCAAGAACACGAUGAACCAAUAUUGAAACAUUUGUAUGAUAUUAAAGUGAAAUUCUUUGAAUCUAAUCCGAUGGGUUUUGUUCUUGAAUUCUAUUUCGAACCAAAUGAAUAUUUCACCAACACCACUUUAACAAAAGAAUAUAUUAUGAAAUGUACUCCUGACGAAAAUGAUCCGUUUAGCUUUGAAGGUCCCGAAAUAUACAAGUGCAAGGGAUGCGUAAUUAAUUGGAAAAAAGGAAAGAACGUUACAGUAAAAACAAUUAAAAAGAAUCAGAAACAUAAAUCUCGAGGGUCCAUACGAACUGUAACGAAAACUGUUGAGAAUGAUUCAUUCUUUAGCUUUUUCAGUCCACCAGUUGUGCCAGAUGAUCCGGAAGCAGAAUUAGAUGAGAAAACACAAGCUCUAUUGGCAAGUGAUUUUGAAAUUGGCCAUUAUAUUAGAGAACGUAUAGUUCCUAGAGCUGUAUUAUAUUAUACAGGAGAGGCCUUGGAAGAUGAAGAUGAAGACUACGAGGAGGAGGAGGAGGGUGACGAGGAUGAUCCAGAUGAGGAGAACGAAGAUGACGAGGAGUUCUCAAUAACUAAUGCCCCAUCAGAUCAAGCUUAAACUCUUCGACAUACCAAUGACAAAAUUAUGCGUACCCUCCCUUUAUCCAACAAUGACGAUGAAACGAAAUAUGGCUUAUUGACAGCUAUGAUUGUCAUAUAAAUAUUUAAAAAAAACCAAUUGCGCUCUCAGCUCUACACGAAUAAUCAUUGUCAUUUUUAAUUGCUUCAUUUUAUACUAUGUUGUUACGUUUAUAUACAAAGAAGAAUAGUUGAAUUUUUUUCGAAACGCACGUUGAUUUGUGGAUAAAUUUUUCGGUACUGUUAAAGCAUUUUUAAUAUAAAACUUGUAAAAACUGGAA